GCUUUUUGUUUCUGCAUGGUUUGAAUUCAUUUGCCUGUGUCGCUAAUGGUGUGCUAGAUGGGAGUUUGUAAAGGCUGCGCUUGUGUCAUAUUUUCCUCUGCUGCAGUUUCACUAACUGCUGCUACAUUGUGCUGUGAGACACAGCCGGUUGCUUCCAGGAGCUCAAACCUAAACAUACGACGUGCUUUGCAGUCAGAUAUUGGCUGCUAUGCCUUCAUUCGAUGCAUGACAGGACUCUCAAAUUUGAAGCCCUUUUCAUUUUUUUUUCUUGAUGCAUACUGAACAUGCUGUUAAUAAGUCAAUAUAUCACCAUGGUAAAUAAAGUUAAUACCUUCUCUUUAGCUGCUCUGAGUUUGAGAUGUAAGCUGCAAGCCCAACCAGGCUAUUUUUAACUUUAAUGCGGUGCUGGCGCUGAAUCGGUUGUGCAUGGCUUUGGUAUUUGUAUUUUCAGCAUCAAUAUCCACGGCUUAAUUUUCAGCAAGUGUGACAAGCACCCUGCACCGUGGUCAGCAGUAGUCCUUCAGCCCUUGGAGGGUGGAAAAGAGAAAUGCAGAAAAACAAAACGAGAAAGACUGUACGGUGAAAACUGCAACAUAGAUUGGAGAUGGAUAACGUUCAUUUUGCAUUUUGUUUACCAAUAUGAUGAAUUUUUUUGGGGAUGCAGCAAAAAAUGUUUUUCACUUUUUUGGCAACCACUUCUGAAAUUACAAAUCACACAGACUGAAAUUUACACAGGACUUUUAAACCUUUUGGUCAUCUAUUGCGUUAAAAGUCCAACGACUUCAUUUUCACCAAUGUUACAAGAAAAUGGAACAAAGAAAGGCUUAAGAAAAGAGGAAAUAAAGAGGUGAUCAUUUUUAGGAAAUGGAGAUACGGAGAUGACAAUCAUGUUUCGAGACACUGACAGUAUCACGGAUAACUCUCACUUCCAGUCAGUUCUUGGCCAUUUAAAUGAUCAGCGCACACAAGGAGUGCUAUGUGAUGUGACAGUUGUAGUUGAAGAUACCAAAUUCAAGGCACAUAAAAAUGUAUUAGCUGCUUCGAGCAUGUAUUUCAAAGAUUUAUUUUUCACUCAAGAGCGCAGGAUUUCAGGUCAGCUUUUAGAGCUGUCUGAUUUUAAGUCAGAUGUAUUUGCUGAAAUCCUAAAUUUUAUAUACUGUGCCAAAGUGAUGGCCACAGAGGUAGAGGAGAUUAAAGCUCUUAUUGCAGCUGGAAAGAAAUUAGGAAUUCCAUUUUUGGAAAACCUUGGGCAUUUGCUUGAUCAAGAAAAGCAAUGCCCAGAUGACUCUCAGGGCAACACAGUGCCUGAUUCAGUCCAAAGUGGAAAUUCUAGUAUUUCCCUUUAUUCAACUAACUCACAUACAAUGAAGAAAGAAACAGUUAACAGUAACCAAGAAAAACGAACAGAUGAUUUGGCUUGUCUCAGUGGUCCAAGAAUCACCAACGCAUUUUCAAUUUUUGAAACAGGAACCAACGAUGACCUGUUUUCACCACUGGACUUGAGAGCAAAUGCCAAAAGACCAUCAGAAAAUGAUAAUUUCCCAGUGUUGUGUCCCUCUCAAAAUAAAACAGUGACAGAGAUUGAGCAAACACAUGCUUUAUCUGAACAUUCAUAUGCUGCGUCAACUGUAUUAAAUCAGGUGAGAAGGGUGUCCGAGUCUCAAGGCACAACAGCCAUUGAUUUAAGACAACAAAAUGCCUUUGCAUCCAAAGUGGCUUCCAAGCAAUUCCUGAAUCACAGCCGUAGUCCUCUGAAGAAACGUUAUAAAAUGUGUACCAACCUUCUAAACGAUGAUGUGGGCUUACAGCACAGUCACACAGAGUUUAACUUAAUCCCUACUACAGUACCAGUUUCAACAUCAAGCAGCUUUAACAACAAGGCAAAUGAAAACAGUACUAUGGAAACCAUCUCAUCAAUUGCAGAUAAUAACCAUGAAGUUAAAAUGCCUUCUUCCGUUCUAACAGAACCUGUAGAGCUGCAUCCUAAUCCUUAUGGCUGUGAAUAUUGCUCUGCAAGGUUUAGCAAUGAAGCACUUCUAAAUAUCCAUGUGCAAAGCCAUAAAAAACGUUUCAUCAGUCAUUUGGCUUGCAAGUAUUGCCACAAAAAGUUCACUCACCUGAAAAGACUGCGCAAUCAUGAACAAACACGCUGUAAAGCAAAAGUUUCAGCUAAGGAAGAAGAUGCAACAGACUUGCCAGAAGAACAUAUUGAUAUUGAGAAAAUACCCAGUCCUAAAGAAACGCUGCCAGAAGAUCUUCAAGAAAAUAGUGCAGAAAAUGAUAAAGGAAUUACAGAUGAUCUGAAAGAUCUGGAUGACAAGGAGAAAACUAUUAACAUGCCGAGACUUUAUGUGUGUAGUGUAUGUAAACGGUCUUAUGUGACUCUAUCUAGCCUUAAGAGGCAUGAAAAUGUCCAUUCCUGGCAAAGAGCCUACCCAUGUCAUUACUGCAAUAAGGUGUUUGCUUUGGCUGAAUACCGCACCAAGCAUGAAAUAUGGCACACAGGAGAGAGACGGUAUCAGUGUAUCUUUUGCUUGGAAACGUUUAUGACUUACUAUAUUCUAAAAAACCAUCAGAAAUCUUUCCAUGGAAUUGACCCCAGGGUGGCUGUGAAGAAAAAAUCAGCCAACGGUGGAUUCAAAAGUGGUCUUUAUCCUUUUAAACUUUAUCGGCUUUUGCCUAUGAAAUUUAGAAAAAGACAAUACAAAACGUACAGUGAGGCAUUCUCAGAAAACUCAGACUGUACAGAUCAGUCUUUCGCAGUGUCUCUGGCAACAGAUAUUCAGCAUCCACUUGGUUCAACAUCAUCAGGAGUGAACUUUGAGGAUAAUAAACUGGCCACACCAAAUGGAACAGAUGCAGUUUCAUUAAGGCAGUUAUUUACAAUGCCGGUUACUUUUAUGGCAACUCCAAAAGUAGUCGCUUCAGUAACACCAUGUGCCAAUUUUUUGCAGCCAAGUACUACGAGUCAGCCACCAUCCACUGAAAUUGAAGUAAACCUUAAAAAAACUUUGAAGAAAUCCUCUAACAGUGAAUCAGUUUCGGCCAAGUCUUCCCUUGAUUACAAAAAUCAAGAGUCAUCUUUGAUGAGUCUGGGGCAACCUCCAUCUUCAGCUGUUACGGCAACAAAUAGAAUAUGUUCAGUAAUUGUUAGUAAUAACAAUGGUCAUGUUCUUACAGAUAAAAUGAAUGCAGAGAAAGAAAAACAAUCUAGUAUGUUAUUAGAUAUGAAUAAUCUGAAGAGCUUAGAUGAUGGCAGUGAAAACCACUUGAAUGGUCAGUUAAAACAAGACCAUUCAGCAGAUUUGCAGAUCUCAGAGGAAGCACCUAAGGAACCUUUACAAGAGCCAGUCUGUGAUCCUUCAAAUAUGAAUAACAAUAUGCAUAAUGAAGUCAGCAAAACUGAAACAUACAUUGCAAAACCAGCAUGCCCAGGUCCUGCUUUUGAUAGCCAUGUUCCUCCUCUAUGCCAAAUAACUGUAAAAAUAGGCGAUGAAGCGAUUGUUAGAAGGCGAAUAAAAGGAUCAAACUUGUUUCAAACUAAACAAGAGAAAUUUUGCUGGAACAGCUUUUCAGAAGAAGACCAGAAAUGUACAGAAAAAAUGGAGCAGGACAACAGAAGGAGUCAUAUUAGUCUGCGCUCAAGAACAGAUAGUGGGCCACUGAUUGAGCCAGAAUUGUAUGAUGACAUGACUGACCAAGACACAGCCGACAAACUGUGGCGUCCUUAUUAUUCUUAUAAGCCAAAAAAGAAGACCAAAGGAGGUAAGAAACUGAAGUCCAAACGCAGAAGAAAAAGCAAUUGUGGGGCUUCUGGAAAACACAUGAGGGCAAAUAUUAAGAAAAAAGAUCGUGCACAUGUUGAUUAUGUGGAUAGAAACCUAAGGGCUCAGCACCAAGUCUUUGUAAAUACAGAUGCUGAAACAAAACAUUUAAAGAGGAAAUUGUACAAGCAGCCAUAUACCUGUGACCACUGUCAGGCUCUCUUUUCAAACAGAUCUGCUUUAAAAAUGCACAUAGCUGAAAGCCACACUGACGAUCAGAGUUACACAUGUAAAACCUGUGGGAGGCAAUUAUCAUCUGAAGAAAUGCAUGACAGUGCUCUGUAUCCUGGAGAUCAUAAAGACUAUGCUUGUAAGAACUGUGUUGAAGAUGGCUCCUGUUUCAAAGACGGCUUUAAAAAUUAUAACACAGAGAAACGGUAUCGCUGCUCUUUCUGUCCUCAGCGUUUCUUAUAUCUGGCUACUAAGAAAAGUCAUGAGAAAAAGCACCUUGAAAAACAUGGUAAAUGCUACCCUUGCUGCUACUGCUCCAAGGUUUGUAAGUCAUCAGCUGCCUUAGGAAUGCAUCAGAAAAAACAUUUUAUUAAAACAGAAGAAGAAGAACAUUCAGCCGCAGCUGAGGUCCAUUGUCAAAUCAAACCAAGCAAAUCACCAAAUGACAUGGAACCCAAAAUGGACUUGGAGCCCAAGCUGGAAAAUGACACAGAAGUAAUCAGAAAUGGUUGCUUUCAAGAAUGUAAUAAAUCAGAUGAGAAAAAACUUAAAUUACCAUGUGAGAAUGAAGUGUUACCUUAUCACGGAACUCGUGUGCAAUUACUCCCAAACAGUGGAUGGGUGAAAUUACCAAAUGCUUUAACAGAACAGCAUCCCAACAGACACUCAGAUAUAUUAUGUGAGCAGACCAAAUGCAACAUAGAAAUGGUCACACAAACACAAGAGGAUGAUUAUAUGCCAUCUAUUAUGUGUAAAGAAUAUCAGACUUAUAAUAACUCACAGGGUGCUUGUCAUGUAGAUAGAUGGAGUGAGCAAAAAAGAUGGAAUGUAUGUAGCGAUUUUCCAAAGGCAGAGUACAAAUUCCCCUGUAAAGAAGAAACGACUUUUCAUACAGAUUAUUACAGCAAAUGAGCAUACAAGAAAGUGAAAAACUGAAUCUUAUUCAGACUGAAAUUACACUUGGAAAGAAGUGUACAGUAACACAUUAAAUUGCAGGGAUGCAUGAUAUAUAAGGUCAGGCUCAAGAGUGCUUAUCUGUAUUUUACAAUAUAGCAAUAGCAAGCAAAAGGACAAAAAACAGAGCUCUUGAAAUGUCAUGCAAAUGUUUAGUAAAGGUAUUUUCUUCACAGUUCAAAUCAACAUUUACUAUUUUUUUCAUAUUAAAAAAGUUGUUUUUUUUAUUUUUCUAAAUUUUGAUUUUGCUUUAUUGGAAAACUUGUAAUUGUAUCCUGCUUUUUAGAUGUUUUCUAUUACAAUCCGUGUGUGAAUAACACAUACCUUACAAAGGGCAUUGUUCACUACUUAUGGGUAACAGUGGUUAGAUACAAAGUAAUGCAUUAAACUGUACUUGUGUUAGUGAUGUACUAUAAUGUUAGUAAAAUAAUAUCAAGUAUCUAAGAGUAUUUCUGUACAGUAACAAAAGCGUUUACACAGGGGUUAAUUUGUUGAAAAUAGAAAAACUAUAGAUGAAAUACAUUCGCUGCAUUAUAAAUACACAAGCAGAAUACACACAGUUAAAUUCACAGUUGUUAACUAUAAUAUAAGAUGAUCCAGAAGAACAUGUUCUUCAUAUUUUUUUAUAAAAAUCUAUCACAGCAAAUCUCUGGAUUCAUAUAUAACACAUUAGCCCCUGUAAUUUCAAAUACAUAUCACUACAAAUAAGACUUUUAUCUCCAAGUUUAAUUAGAAUUAAAUCAUGCACUUUUAAAGUAGAACCAAUGGCCAGCUUCAACUUCUUUCUCAGUAAAACCUUUCAGACCUGACUCCUAGGUUUAAGCUUUAAAGAACUUAAACUUGAAUGAACCUCCUAUAACUUGCAAUUCCUUGCUUCUCUGAAUCAAAUGGCAGGAGAAAGAAUAUAACUCAAUGUUAUCAGACCAGGCUGAAAGAAUUCAUCUUUAUGGAUUUGGAUUCAAACUAGGUAGACAUUUUGGGCAGACUGUUCUU